AUGACAGACGCGGACGUCAACACCAGUGCGAAGGCGACAGCGUCGCCGCCUCUGGCUGAGCUCAAGAAUGGCAAGAUCUUUUUCAAGCAGAAAUGCGUAUCAUUAGAGAAGUUGUCGGAGACCAUGCAAGAAAUUGUGAGCUUCCGGAAUAUGCUGCAACGACGCAUCCAGGACCAGGAGCCUCCUCUCGACUCGAUGCCGACUGAGCAUAAGCCCUUGUUAGGAAAGCUGAUCCACGAAAGCGACAAGACGCUCCCAGCGCUGUGCAAGCACGUGCAGCGACAGCUGCUCGCAGAAGACGACGACAUCAACAGAAGUCCGCCCGAUGCCGUACUCCCAUUGGCUGUUUUAGAGAAAGAAAUCAAGUCUAUUGCAGAAAGGAAGAAUUAUGGCUUGGACAGCUCUGCAGACGGCGUCAAAGUUCCUGCUUCGUUGUGCGUGUGGCGAUGGGAGCUUGACAGGCAGUUCUGGGACUGGUUACCGAAAUCUGCAAGGGAGAGAGCAGAGACGAGGUAUCAAGAAAGACUCGAUGCGAAGGCGAGAUUAGCUUCACUCUUCGACUCUUUACCAGAUAAAGAGAGGGAGGCUCUGCUGAGUAUAAGGGGACCGGGUAGGCCGCCGAAACACAAGGAGAAGGAACCUACGAAGGAUAAUGCUACGCGACCACAAGGGCAAGAGGUCCCGGAUAGUGUUCCUGUCGUUCAAAGUGCGCAACGAGACGAGCAAACACCCGAGAGCUCAGCUACACCGACGAAGUGCGUCGGGCGUGCGAAGAAGGACCUCUCCCCUGAGACGGCUGCGGCGGAGAAAGAAAAGCUAGAGAAAAAAGCUGCCAAAGCCGAGAAGGAAAGGAAGGAGAAAGAGGCCGAGGCGAAAUCCAAAUCCGCGUUUGUCAGCUUCUUCACCAAGGGCAAGACCCCUUCGUUGAACAGUCACGUCUCACCACGAAAGGAAGCGAAGGACAACAAGGCAGAGUCGAGUGCUUCAGCAAGUCAAUCCGAUUUCGAGCGCCUCUUCCGGCCGUUCGCUUUGAAAAAGGGAGCAGAGCUUGCACCCGACAAUUGGUUUAAGCAAGCGAAGAACGGGCGACUUGUACGGAAUGGAAGGCUUUCAGGCGAGGUCAUCAUUAUCGACGGCGACGAAGGCGAUCCGGACCAAGAUGUGGCCAUGCAUGACGUUCAACCUACCGACAAGGAAUUGAGUUCUCAGAGCAGUCGAGAACGUUUAUCUUCACUUCUGGCACAACUACCCCCCUCAGCCAACCCAGCCCUACUUCAGCGACCUCGUUGGACUACCGCUCAUCUGAAGACGCAUUCUCAGUAUUCGGUCCGCGAUAUUAUGUCGCAGCUGAGCGAAGCUGAAGUCGCCGGCGAUGAGUCUCGCGUUCGCGAGCUUUUGGAUCUGCUUCGCUCUCGGUCUAAAAUACCUGCCAGAGUCCUGUGCUUCGCUGACAAUGCCCGUCCAGGCUACUUUGGCACCUUCACCCGAACGUCACGUAUCAUCGGGCCAAGGUGCCCAUUCGCUCGAGACGCCAUAACCCAUGACUACAACUAUGAUAGCGGUGAAGAAUGGGAAGAAGAAGGUGAGGGUGAAGAAGUGGACGAGGGCAGUGACGAGGAAAAGGAAGACGCUGCUACCGAGGAUGCGGACUCUGAUCUCGACGGUUGGCUAGUGGACGACGACGAAGUGGGGGAUCCGGGCACACCGAUCGAAGAUAGAGAAGGUUCCCCGGGCUUCUUCCCUCCGUUACCAGUACAAGAUAAGAAAAGAAAAUCCGCCGUCUCUGAAGCGCGGCCAAAGGUGGAGAAGAGACGCAAGGUCGUCGUCCCAUUGGUGCCAUUCACCAAGGGGCCCUGUUGGGAGCAUGUCAUUGGCAAAUGCGAUUAUGAGCCCUUCGAGCCGUAUAGGAUUAGUCUCUUCAAUGACACUCCCUACCCGAUAGAUCCUUUCACUUUCGUCUCGGCACCUCCUACCGCUGUGAAGGCUCCUGCUCCCGCUACGGACGGAGUUUUCCUGGUUCCUCCUGUACCCAGUACAAGUCAUACGCAGGCCGCCCUGGCUGAAGCUCCUCGCUCAACCCAGCCAAAGGCGGCCGUAGGACCAAGUAAUGUUACGAAGAGAGCGUCAAUAACAGCACCAAGAACCUGCUUCCCAGAAGAUCAAUUACCAGCUCUUCUGGCCAAGAUCCGUUCUUCGCCAACAUCCAAUCUUACUGUUCUCGUGGAGAUAAUCUACUCGAGUCUGCAAGAGCAAGGUGUGAAGGUUAGAAAGAAUGCUGUUGAGACGAAGGUACGCGAAGUGAGUGAAAAAUGCAAAUUGAGGAAAGUGUGGGUUGUGAAAGGGGAGUCCCAGGAAGCUGCAGUGAGUUGA